AUGAUCCUGAAAGAUAAAAAGUACUUCUCAUAUUUGGAAAUGAGAGAAGCCAGUGUUAGUACUAUUUCAGGAAAAACAAACAUCAUUGAAGGCUCCGGAAUAGCUAAUCUAUUAUUGGCUGGAGGAACAAGAUUGUGCAUCACUGAUGCCUUGUAUUCAAGCAAGUCUUAUAGAAACUUAUUAAGUUUUAAGGAUAUCCGUAGAAAUGGAUAUCAUCUUGAGACAACAAAUGAAUAUGAUACAGAAUAUAUCUUCAUCACCAAUAUGGCAUCAGGUGAAAAAUGCAUAUCGGAAAGAUUGCCUGAAUUUUCCUCUGGUUUGUACUAUACGUACAUUAGCAUGAUUGAAACAUAUGCAAUUGUAACCCCGAAGUUCACAAAUCAUGACGAAUUCUGGCAUGAUCGAUUGGGUCAUCCAGGAUCAGUCAUGAUGCAAAAGAUAAUUGAAAAUUCAUAUGGUCAUCCAUUAAAGAAACAAAGAAUACCACAAUGGAAGGAAAUAUUAUGUCCUGCUUGUUCCCAAGGAAAGUUGGCUAUAAGACCAUCACCAGAGAAAUUGAGAAAUGAAUCUAUCAGAUUCUUGGAACGUUUACAAGGGGAUAUGUGUGGACCAAUACACCCUUAUUGUGGACCAUUUAGGUACUUUAUGGUAUUGAUUGAUGCAUCAACUAGAUGGUCACAUGUUUCAUUAUUAUCCACCCGCAACUUGGCGUUUGCGAGGUUACUUGCUCAACUAAUAAGAUUACGAACUCAUUUUCCUGAUUACCAAAUCAAGAAAAUAACAUUGGAUAAUGCUGAAUUUACAUCACAAACUUUCAAUGAUUAUUGUAUAUCUUUGGGAAUUGAUGUGGAACAUCCUGUAGCACAUGUUCAUACGCAAAAUGGUCUUGCUGAAUCAUUCAUCAAAUGUUUACAGCUAAUUGCAAGACCAUUAUUUACGAUAACAAAUCUCUUAGCCUCCUGUUGGGGCUAUGCCAUUUUGCAUGCAACAAAUUUGGUUCACAUCAGGCCAACAAGUUAUCAUGAGCAAUCUCCAUUGCAGUUGGUUUUUGGAAAUGAGCCUAAUGUGUCCCACUUGAGAAUAUUUGGUUGUGCAGUAUAUGUACCAAUUGCUCCACCGCAACGCACAAAGAUGGGACCUCAGAGAAAGUUAGGAAUUUAUGUUGGAUAUGAGUAUCUUUCAAUCAUUAAAUAUCUAGAACCAACGACCGGAUAUUUGUUUACAACCAGAUUUGCUGCCUGUCACUUUGAUGAAACAGUCUUCCCAAAAUUAGGGGGAGAGAAUAAACAACCAGGAAAUGAGAUAAGUUGGAAUGAAUUAUCAUUAUCUCAUUUCGAUCCUCGAACCCAACAAUGUGAACUUGAAGUUCAAAGGAUAAUUCAUUUGCAAAGUUUAGCAAAUCAAUUGCCAGAUGCAUUUACUGACUUGAAAAGAGUAACCAAGUCUCAUAUUCCGGCUGCUAAUGCUCCGAUUAAGAUCAAUGUCCCUAUUGGUCAAAUUGAUGUGGCAAAUGAACCAAAGGCAGGCAUGAAGCGUAGUAGACCUUUAGGUUCUAAAGAUAAAAAUCCUCGUAAAGGAAAAGGGAUGAAAAAUCAAGAUGGUCCAUGUAAGGAUUCCAUUACUCAAGAAAAAUCUCCAAACAUAAUUACAUCAGUUCCAGAAGAACAUCAGGUACCUGAGAAAGAUGAAAAUACAGAGAUCUCGAUUAAUUAUGUUUUUUAUGGGAAACAAUGGAACCGCAAUGAGGUUGAAGUCGAUGAAAGUUUUGUGUACAAUAUGGCAGUUGAUAUCAUGAAUGAAAAUGAAGACCAUGAACCAAAGUCUAUUGAGGAAUGUACACGAAGAGAUGAUUGGUUAAAAUGGAAAGACGCGAUAUCUGCAGAACUGAAUUCACUUACAAAGCGAGAAGUGUUUGGACCUGUAGUCCAUACCCCUCGCAAUAUUAAACCAAUAGGAUACAAUUGGGUAUUUGUGCGAAAACGCAACGAACAUGGGGAAAAUGUGAGAUAUAAGGCUCGACUUGUUGCACAAGGGUUCUCACAGAGACCUGGAAUUGACUAUGAGGAGACAUACUCCCCAGUAAUAAAUGCAACUACUUUUCGAUAUUUAAUCAGUUUGGUGGCUCAAGAAGGAUUAGACUUGCGACUGAUGGAUGUCGUCACAACUUAUUUAUAUGGCUCACUUGAUAGUGAUAUAUAUAUAUAUGAAGCUACCUGA